UGCUACUGCAUUGCCCCUGUUUUUAAAGUAGUGAGGUAGGUGGAUUGGCGUUGGACAGGACUCGGCGGUUGGUGUUAUUUUUCCGUCUUUGCGCUUCGGUCGUUGCGCGUAUUUUUGCGCACAGAAGAGCGGCUCCUCCUCACAUCUGACGCGCACACAGAAGUUUCUCAGGUUUCCCCGCUCCCGGAAAUCGGAACUGAUGCUUCGACUUGGGUUCGAGUGGUGCUGCGUCGCUGACAAGGUCGGCCCGUCGCAUUAACGACAGCUGCAUGGACACUCCCUCUCGUUCUUCCUCACCCCCGUGCCCGUAUUUUGGGUGAUUUUGAUUUUGGGGGAUGAGCUCAGAGGAGAAGAGCUCCAUCAUGUCCCAGAAGAUCUCCUCUCCAUCCCGCAGCAACAGCAGCACCUCGUCCAAACACGACAGCCGACAGGACAGCUGGGAGAUCGUGGAAGGGCUGCGCGGGGGGUCAGGAAACGUCCAGGAGCCCGAGAGACAGGAGGGCUUCAUGAUGAAGAGGAGGAAAUGGCCCAUGAAAGGCUGGCACAAGAGGUACUUCUUUUUGGAGAAGGGGAUCCUGAAAUACGCCAAGUGCUCGGCUGACAUGGAGAAGGGGAAGCUGCACGGCUGCAUCGACGUGGGUCUGUCUGUCAUGGCCAUCAAGAAGAAAUCCAAGUGCAUCGACCUGGACGCCGAGGAGAACAUCUACCACCUCAAGAUCAAGUCUCAGGAUUCGUUUGACGAGUGGGUCUGUAAACUGCGGCACCACCGACUCUACAGACAGAACGAGAUCGCCAUGCUGCCCCCUGAGAAACCGCUCUUCAGCCCCCACUACCCAUCAACCCCCGAGAACCAGGCCGCCAGGAAGCAAGCGUCUCUGGUGAAGCAGUCGUCCCUUCACUCGCCGUUCACCUUCACCGGUCAGGCCAAGGUCGCCGCCUGGCUCCAGUCCUCCAACGAAGUGGACAAGUGUUCCAAAGAACUCUCUGAAUGUGAGACGCAUCUACUGGAGCUGAAUCACCUGCUGAGGAGUAUGGAGGUUCUGCACCGCACCUACUCCGCUCCCGCCAUCAGCGCCCUGCAGGCUUUGGCAUGCGACAGCCCUAAAAAAGAGAAGCGGCCUCCCAGAAAAUGGCGCUCCAAACACUUCAAGGACAACAAAACAACUCUGCAGGUUCCCAGCUGCAUCUCGUCCGGAUCCGUGCGCCUCCACGCGUCCAAUCCCAACCUGUCCUCCGCCGACCUGGUCGACGAGAAGAGCUACCCGGAGCCGCUGGACCUGCCCAUCGACGUGUCCAAACUGCAGGAGGACUUCUGCCGGGUCGCCGGCAGCUUGCACGCCGGUCUGAAGUCGGCCCUCGGCUCGCUGAGCACAGAGAAGGAGAAGCUGAGAGUGAUGAUGGAUCAGGAGAGCUGCGUCUCUCCAUCAACACAACUACUGGGAUUAAAGAGCGCUCUGGCUUCUGCUUUAGCGCAGAACUCGGAUCUGAGAGAGCGCCUCUGCAGGAUCCACAGUGAGUCGCGCAUCUCAGAACCCGCCGUGGUUACAAACUUCAGCGCCGCUUCGCUUCAGAAGCAGGACUCCACCGAGUGCUCCCGUCACCUGGUCCACCAGGCGUCCAACGAGAGUCGAGCGUCCAUCGCCGAGUCCCUGUCCGAAUUCUUCGACGCACAGGAGGUCCUGCUGUCAGCGAGCUCCUCUGAGAACGAGCCCUCGGACGACGACUCGUACAUCAGCGAUAUCAGCGACAACGUCUCGGUGGAGAACUACACCAGCGAGGCCCAGAACGACAGACUCCAUUCAGAUUGUGUUGAGAACGGCUCUUAUAAAGCAAAGCGCCGCUCCCUGCUCCCCUCACCGAGUCCUAACACCAGUAACAUCAGUCUGUGGAACAUCCUGAGGAACAAUAUAGGGAAGGACCUGUCCAAGGUGGCCAUGCCGGUGCAGCUGAACGAGCCGCUCAACACCCUGCAGAGACUGUGUGAGGAGCUGGAGUACAGCGAGCUGCUCGACCGGGCCGCCAACACACAGGACCCGUUCGAACGCAUGGUGUACAUCGCCACAUUCGCGGUGUCCGGCUACGCCUCCAGUUACUACCGAGCGGGAGGAAAACCGUUCAACCCCGUCCUGGGGGAGACGUACGAGUGCGAGCGUCCAGACAAAGGCCUCCGCUUUAUAGGGGAGCAGGUCAGCCAUCACCCGCCGAUAUCUGCGUGUCACGCCGAGUCUAAAAACUUCAUCUUCUGGCAAGACGUGAGGUGGAAGAACAAGUUCUGGGGAAAGUCCAUGGAGAUCAUUCCUGUUGGCACCACUCAUGUGGUUCUUCCUGGUCUAGGUGACCAUUACGAGUGGAACAAAGUGACGUCCUGCAUUCACAACAUCCUGAGCGGUCAGCGCUGGAUCGAGCACUACGGAGAAAUCCUCAUUAAGAACUCCAGCAGUGAUAUCUGUCAGUGUAAAGUCACCUUUAUUAAGGCAAAAUACUGGAACUCGAGUGUGAACGAGGUGGAGGGAGCCGUGAUGGACCACAAGGGGAAGGUCAUUCACAAGCUGUUCGGGAAGUGGCACGAAAGUAUUUACUGUGGCAGCCCGCCCACCGCAAGGGGCAUUUGGAGAACCAAUCCGAUGCCUCCAGACUACGAGCAGUACUACGGCUUCACCAAGUUCGCUCUUGAGCUAAAUGAACUGGACCUCCAGACCAAAGCUCUUCUACCUCCCACAGACACCAGAUUACGACUGGAUCAGCGGUUACUGGAGGAGGGGAGCGUGGAGGCAGCAGAAGUGCAGAAGCAGAGGAUAGAACAGCUACAGAGAGACCGACGCAGAGUCCUUGAAGAGAACAGCAUGGAGCAUCAGCCUCGGUUCUUCCAGAAAUCAGAGGACGACACAUGGGUCAGUAACAACACGUACUGGGAGCUGAGAAAAGAUCCCGACUUCAGUAAUCUGGACUGUCCGGUGCUUUGGUGAAGUCUAACUGACCGGCGCUCACUCACAGACUCAGUAUGAAGAAAACGCACAGAGCUGAGUGAGAGGUGGCAAACCAAAUCUGACCAGAGGAUAUGUCCUGCCUGAUUACCUGGAGGAAACUGGACUGAAAUGGACCACACGAUUGUGCCCUGUUGCUGCUGUCAACUGAAGCGUCCGUUCGUCAUUACUCACCCGAUAUUCCAUUUGAAAUGCCUUAAUAUGCUUCAAAUAUACUUUAAAGUGUGGUUAUGCAGCUGUUGAAUGUCUACAAAUAUGCAAACAUGGUCCAGUUUGUCAUUUUACUGGCUUGAAAAUACUGACGUCUAUAUUGUUGCAUAGUGACACCGUGUGGUGCAGUCUGGUACUGCAGGCGGCCAGUGUGUGCGUUUCUGUCCACAUCAUCAUGUUUAUGCACGUACUUUUGUCUUGUCAGUGUUAUAUUGUCUACCUCCUGUGUCAUUUAAUGGGUACAUAUAACAUCAGUGGAGAUAUAAACACUUUUUGGCACACCACCCAUACAUCUGGUGGAUUUCUAUAUGGCCUCAAAUGCAAACGAUCCUCCGCCAGCGAGGUAAAAUAUAAGCACACAAAAUAUAACAGAUCACACAAAGGCACAAACUUCUAAGAUAGCAGGAGGAGAUUUGUGAUUUGUGUCCAAACUUUGCUUAAUAUUCAUCUUUACCAAAGCAUUAAAUGACCACUUUUGUUCUGAGACCACUUCUAUCAAAUUAGAAAGCUAGUCAUAUCCAAUUCCCCAAUCAUAUUCCACCUCUACUCCUGACCAAGGAGGGUCGUGACUAACACAUGAUGCCCCCUCCGACAUGUGUGCAGUACCGACCGCUUCUUUUUACCUGCACCAGACAGGUUUAUAUGGGGAGAGUCAUGCACUGAUCUCCAUUAUCCCCAGUCUCUGUCUCUUGGUGCAGUGCCAUUGAUCUGCCAGCAGAGGUCGUAAUUGCAGCAGUCAUGAGGAAUCCCUAUGGCCCUCUCUUCUUAGAACGAAUCAAUCAUCGUCCUUAUAGGGCCCAGCAGUAGUGGGCUAGCAUACCUUACCGCUGCGCCACCCGAGCACCCGCGCAUUAUUAUAAUUAAUUUCUUUUAAAUGUGUUUUAUUAUCAGAUAAAAAGUUCAGCUUUAAUCCCUUUUAUCUAUAACCCCGUCUUGCAGCCAAAGGGGGAACUGCUAUGUCAAAUCUGCUUUAUUCCUUCUCACUCUAUUACACUCUAUAAUCAUGUAUCAGUACUUCAUAACUGUAUUAAACUAUUGACUGCAUUGAGGGACGUAUUAAAAACUAAAACAAACCACACGGCCUUGCUUCCAGUCCGGUUUGACUGAAUUCUCACCACACUGCAUCUGGGUGUCUCGUAUUUCUGUUGUUUUGAUUUGUUUUUGGUCUGUAACCUAUGUGGAUCCAGUUCUUCCUAAAGAUAAAGUGGAAUAAAGCAGUGGUGGUGGUGGUGGUGGUUGGAGGAACGUUCAUUGACGGCUGCUGAGAUCUUCUCUUUCAAUAAACCAUCAUAUUUAA